AACAUUAUUUUCUUUUUUGUUUAUGGGGGGGGGGGUCUUGUCACCCAGACGACGAAAUUUUAGGAUCUGGAAACAUCUUAAAUCCGUAUAUGCGAGAAUGGACUAAGAAAUUUAUCAAUGAAUAUCCAAAAAAGAGAAGGAAUAGGUCCUAUACGGGGAGAAAUAGGCGUAUAUUUUGAUAGACAAUAUUUAUAACUAGGUAAAUAUAUAGGCCUAGUCUGAUAUAUUGAUGCCUACAGAUGGAUGGGUAUAGCCAUACAAUAUAAGAUAUAGAAUAUAAAGAUAGAUAGAUAGAUCUGUAGAUGCAUAUAUUAGAAUAUGAAUAUAACUUUAGAUAGAUCGAGAAUCGAUGCUUGUGUGAAAUUCAUGAAAAAAAAUCUUCCAAAGCAGUGUCCUUGUUGGUGGGUUGGAAUAGUUUGAAUUCAAGAAGCUCAACGAUUCAAAACAAAUCUAGACACGUUACACAUUUAUUCCUGAAUACGGACCCUUGAUUUCGAAAACGUGUCUGAGCUUGGCAAGAUAAUCACAAAAUUGACCCUCAAGAUUGCGACUGAUGGGACUUUACCACGGCCAACCUAGCUACUGGUGUUGUGUUUAUAACGAUACAAUGACGUUGCCCCGUGGAAAUUCCAAGAGCCCAUCACAAAGGAUUAGUGACGUCACCUCGAUGAUUAUUCCGGGACUCAUCCCCAGGCGCUCGCUGAUUGGUCGAACGAUCUAUGACUAGCACGUACACGUGUUCGGUAUAAUGCCUAUUUUUAGUAUGCGAGCCCGCGAUUGGUCGAUUAAUUGAUUGAAUGACGUCAAGCCGGACGUUGAAUAAAACCCUCGUGAGUAGAGUAACGGUCGGAUUCAUUCAUUACACCUCCACACUCGCUUGGUAGAACGACGUAUCUUUGCCGCUCGGAAUACUACGUGUUUUUUAGGAUUACCAGAAUCACAAACAUCAAUACAUUGCUAGAAAGCCAAGCUAUUUGAACAUUUAUCCGUGGAAUAUACUAAACAAACUCUACAAGAUGGAGGCACAAAAACUUAUCACCAUGUCUAUCAACAAAAUUGCCGGUUCUCGUCGACAACGUGGCGGAAUAAAUCUCCGAAAAAAUCUCCUCGUUGCCUCCGUACUACACUCGGCAAGAGUCCACUAUUACGAGGAAAUGUGCAAUAGAAUGCCUGGACAUAUAGCUCUUGAGCAAAGCAAACCUGAAUCUCCAGUAGACGAGGACUGUACAGAGUCUCCUGACUGGGAAGACGAGGAGGAGAAUACCGAUCUUGAGACAAAUUACGAUGAGGAAAGCGACGAAGAGGACAAUGCAACCGCGGGAAACCUGGCAUGCGAUGUUCAGAACAGCCGGGUGGUAGUUGAACAGAUUGCCGUCGUGGACAAAGAAAACAUCGCUCCAUCUGGACAUUGCCAGUACGAAAAAUCGGAAAAUAUGAAGCUGGAAAACGGCGUGCACCAGGUUUCUGACUGUGAUCGUGUAGCUUUCGGUAAUGUUUCCCAGAAUUCAACCCCAGAAGCUUGCACAACGACGACCUGUCUCACCGUCCCCAGCGUAAAGAGGAAGAGAUCCGAUGCUGAGGAACCUUGCGAUUCAGCCGCCACCACCAUCAAGCGCGUCAAAGUCGACUCGCAAUGUCAAACCGUUGCUUCUCCGGAUUGCGGUGCCCAGAGCUCGAUCUCCAGUUUAGUGGACAUUUUCAAAGCUGGUUUUCAUGGACUUGCUGGCGAGCCAGGAAACAAACUAUCGAGCUAUGUAGAGGAUCAGGAACCUUCAUCUAACAACACUCCGUCCUACACAACCCUAAGCACCCACGCCAGGCCAUUCGAGACUUUACAAGCCGCUGCAGUCAUCGCCGCCUGUUAAUGGCCGUCAAAUUUUCACUGCCUAAUUAACUUGACAUUAUAUUUUGAUUGCACAUGCCAUGGAAGAACUGAGAAUGUUCGGACUUAUAUAUAUUCGAGCCUUAAAAUCUAUAUUUUUUGGAUGAUAUUCAAUGAAUACUCAGUUUCCAAUGGGAACUUUAUUCUUUCGGUGAAUUGAUCUGACCAUGGACUAUAUACUGGAGCUAAUCUCAACACUUUGUAACCAUUUUUUUUGUUUUGAAGAGAGAUUUGAAAAAAAUGCUUUCCAAAUUAAAUGUCUAAUUUGUUUAAUAAAUUGGGAUAGAAUAUUCACUGAAUAAUGCUUUAAAUCAUGAUGUAAAACUACUGAAGUAACUAAUUGGUUUUAAUUAUAAUAUGGGAAGGGGUAGUGUUAUUUUAUAUAAAUCCAGUGCGGGUUAUAAAGAAGAAGACCAUGUAUAACGUUAAAAAUUCCAAAUUUGAUAAUGAUAUAUAUUCCAGUAGAUUUGGAUCUACUCUGAGCUCAUGACGCAACAUUAUUCUUUUGUUACUCAACGCUUUAUUGUUCGUAAAACGAGUAGUAACUUGACUCAACCAUUGUUUGCUUUGUUUUGAAUCAUAAGUUGGCUGAGGCGUGGCCAGUACGCAAGCCAGGGGUGAACAAAGGGCAGUUCCUGGCUAGGUCAUGCGGGGCAUUGUCUAUUGUGUACACGAUAUACGAGUAAGCACGAAUGGAAUGUGGCACAAUCGAAAGGUCCUUCACCAUCUUGCUGCACCCGCCCUGCUUUAUCAAGGGAAUUUGGUAUAAUCAGCAGAUCGGUUGUAUAAACCAGUGCCAAAUAUUGGCAGGUACUUGAUAGUCUGUGUACUGAUGGGAUAAUUAGGAAGAAAGAUAUUUGAAAAGAAAUUUCAAAACUGUUGAUUCCGAUUGCUUACUUUUUUGUAACGGUUAGGUUUAUUAUUACUCCCUCUAAGAGUGUUUUUUUAUUACUAUUAUCCUAUUUUGACAACUUUGGCAUACAUAUUUUUAAUGUUAAUGGUUGAUGAAUGGGGAAUUUUAAGUGGGGAUUGACCACCAGUUUUCCAAAUGAACUUUGAAUCUCUUUCGUAAAAGGAUGUAUGACUGCACUUUGUUUUUCCGAGAUUUCCGGCGAUAUGGUUUCCCGCACACGGAAAAACCACACUAAAUGGGAUACGCGCCAAUACCUCACAUAUCCGUUUGUGCGUGGGCGUAAACUUGCUCGGAAAAGUGAAGUCAUUAGUCAUCCAAAACACUAUAUGGUCCAUGUUUCAGUUUUUGUCAUUUUUACUUUCAAUUGAUAUGUUUUUCAUGAUAUGAGCAAUUUGCCCGCUCUGUAAUUCGAUACAUGUUAGUUUCGGGGUUCUGUAAUGCAGUCAUUGACAUAUAUUUUGGUUUUUUGACCAAGCUCACUCAGAAAUUGUUCACUGCACAAUUUUCAUAUUGUUGAUUCCUCCACUCGUUCUGAGGACCAAGUAUUUUUUUGAAUGUGCUCAUUCAAAUAUUUGUGAUUAACUUAUGUUUACUGUUUGUACAAAUCAUGAUCACGAACAAAUUUUGUUCUUGCAUUAUUUUAUUAAAAAAGACAAAAGUGUCAUCCAUAUUGUGAUGUACACGAAACUGAA